GUCUGCUUCCGGUUCCGGGCAUCCGGGCUGCACACGCACUCUGACUUCUGCGUGCCGCACGAGGCGACAUGAAGGGCUCAGCGUCCCAAGCUCCCAGUGCCUCGGUCGCUACGACGGCCACCACUGACGUGCAAGGAACCCCGACCGCUCUUUUACAGCUGGACAGAGAGCAGAUUAGAAAGGCAGUGGAAGUUUUGUUUGAUCACUCAAAGUCCAAGAAAAAAAGUAAUGAAUUGCUGUUGAAUGGGAAUGAAAAUUUAUUUUUAAUGGUGAUAUUAUGGAAAAUUCCAGAGAAAGAACUUCGGAUCAGAGUAUCUUUGCCUCAUAGCAUUCUCUCAGAAUCCUCAGAUGUAUGUCUGUUCACAAAAGAUGAAUGUGAUUCACCUGAACAGACAGAAGGUUUCUAUAAAAAGCUUUUGAAAAAACAUGGAGUUAACACUGUCUCUCAGAUUAUCCCUUUUAAAACUUUAAAGACAGAAUUCAAAGCCUAUGAAGCCAAGCUCCGCCUUCUGGACUGGCACGUGUGUACGGUCCGUAUUGGUCACACUGGAAUGGAGACUGAACACAUCGUUGACAACAUCCUAGCAGUCUCAGAAAUGCUUUCAGAAAAAUUGCCAGAGAAAUGGCGGAGUGUGAAACUCUUGUUCCUGAAAACUGAGAAGUCAGUUUCCCUUCCCAUCUUUUCUUCAUUUGUCACAUCUCAGGAUGAAAACACCGUCUCCUUUCGUAGUGUGAAGAAGCAAGAACUAAAGAAAAGAAGGAAGCAUGAAAAUGCAAAGUUGAAGAAGGAAAGCAAAAUGUUAAGGAAG